ACUGACAACACUCGGACACGUGUGUGUGUGUGUGUGUGUGCUGAAAGUUUCCGUAUCCUUGAAAGACAUUCUUUCCAUUUGAGACCCCCUUCCCCCCCUCUAGCAGACUUUAUUGUCCCAGAAGGAGGGGGAGGGACAGGGUAGUGUAACAUGUUACAUGUAACUGGAAUGUUGGGACUCGGGAGGACAUGUCGGACACGAGUUGGACUGCGUGUGGCUUAGUAGGACCGGCGCAGACCUUCACCAGUCAAACUCUGAGCGGUGUCAUGUGACUUCCUUCCACUUCCUGUUCCGUUGUUGUCGUUGUUGCGCUCGACUCAGCUUCUCCUUUCUGAUUGUGAGGAAACAGGAAGUAGAGUGACGCGAUGGCAAGCUGAUUGGUGGAGGGUGGAAUCUGCUUUCUGUUUCAGUCAACGCAGGGGGCGGAGCCGGGUCGUGCUCUGCGUGACGGCGGGGAUGGUGGCCCAGAGGAGGCUGGUGCUGGGCGCCCUGACCGUCGUCUCCCUGCUAUGCAUCUACGUCCUGGCGGGGAACCUGCAGACGCUGUCCUGGUCUGUGGAGCCGCUCAAGCGCUUGGCACACGGGAGCCAAUGGCGAGACUUGGCCCCCUCGCCCUCACCCACGGCCCCGCGUGGACACGCUCGUACCACAGGCACACCAUCGGCGCACACGUCCUCGCUCGCCAACUGCAGAGUGUCAAACAUUUCUGGUGCGGACCACGUGGGCACAACGACAAGGACCGGACGCCCCUCUCUGCUGCCGCCUCGCCAGGAGGACGCGCUCACCGCGGACCCCUUCAUUGGUGACGCUUACAUGAGUGAGGACGUCCCGCCGCAAACUGACUGCCCGGACGCCAUUCGAAGUCGGGUGCCAAAGACGGAAUUUACCAAACGUUUUCUGAAGAACAUUCCGGUGCUGCAGUGGUCCAAAGACGCCACGCUGGACGAGCACCGCCGCCUGAGCAGAUACGUGGGAGCGCACGGCUGGGGGGGCGUCACCUUUGAGGAACUGGCGGAGACGCUGGCGGUGCUCAACUCGUCUGCCAACUCGGUCAUGCUGGACGACUGGAAGCGGCGCGGACCGGCGUCCUGCUGCAUCCGCUGCGCCGUGGUCGGGAACGGCGGGAUCCUGAAGGACUCGAAGAAAGGGAAGGAGAUCGACGACCACCACUACGUCUUCAGGACGAACGGCGCCAUCAUGGCAGGCUUCGAGGAGGACGUGGGCGCCCGCACCACCCACUACACCUUCUCCACCAACACGCUGAUGAACUCCAUGAGGAGCUACGCCUCCCUCGGCUACCGAGGACCGCCCCAGUCCCAGGAGACGCGCUAUGUCUUCCUGCCGGACCAUGACCGCGACUACCUGCUGAUGAAGGCGGCCGCCGUGCACGCCCCGGUGCAGCGUGGGCCGGAGCGCGGCAUAGACCCGUCAAGGUACUUCGGGAAGGACGUGUCGGCAAACAAGCUGAAGAUGUACCAUCCCGAUUUUAUCCGCUACCUCAGGAACAGGUUCCUUCCAUCCAACACCCUCAGGAGCAAAUACAAGAACUUGUACCGCCCCUCCACCGGCGCCGUCAUGCUGCUGGCGGCGCUGCACACCUGCGACCAGGUGAGCGCGUACGGCUUCAUGACGCCCGACUACCGGAGGUACUCGGAUCACUACUACGACAGGAGCUACCGCCCGGUGGGCUUCUACAUCAACCACGACCUGCGCCUGGAGAUGCUUCUGUGGCAGCAGCUGCACGCCGCCGGCCUCAUCAAGCUCUACAUGCGCUCGUGACGUCUUCACCGUCCAACCACUUUCCUUCUCGUGCCUUCUGCAGCACCUCAAAUGCCUGCGCUAGCUGGCGGUUAAGCUAGUUGGCCUUAGUCGCCAUGGUAACGGCCUAUUGCACUUACACCGUUAGCAUGACACGGUCAGUUCCACCAUCUUGAAUUCUUUCUUUUUUUUUAUCUGUAUUUCAAGUGAACCACUACCCUCCUUUUGUUUGCACAUUACCAUGGCAACCGUCAAGCCACACAAGCAGUGUGGUGUCUUGUUGCUAGGUUGCCACUAGCCUAAAAUAUAUUUCACUUACUGAUUUUUUUGAUUUGACAAAGUGCCUUUAAAUGUGAACAAAAAGUAAACAUCUUGAACGAG